AUGCAAAAUAUGUAUGAAGCUGGAACAAUAAUUAUAAGGCAAAGACAUGUACCAAAUGAAUGUUAUUUAGUACUGUCUGGAAAAUUAGAAGUCCUAUAUGGUGAUGCAAAUUUGAAAGCCCAACUUUUCACCUCUGAAAUGUUGUAUGAAGCUGAAGAAGGAGAUUUCAUAGGGGAAAUCUGCCUUUUGACUAUGACAAACCAUCUUACUUCAGUCAUAUGUAAAUCUGAAGUGGAGCUUCUAGUGAUAAGCAAAGAGGAUUUUGAUGCUACUCUUGCCAACGCACGCUUCGAACAAUAUCAUGGAACAUGCAACUUCCUUAGGAAACUCACAUUAUUCUCUUCAUGGCCAACAGAAAAAAUAGACUUUCUUGUUCAUUGCUCCCUACGGAGAUUUUACAGAUUGACAGGAACUACAGUUGUCCCAGACAGCUUGAACUCUUACUUCCUAGUAGUUGUAAAAUCGGGUCGAUGUCUGGUAGCAACACAAUUAAAUCAAGAGAGAAUUUCUGCACACUCCAGUAAAAUGCACAGUUUUUCUUCGCUUCAUAAAAAAUUUAUUGCACUAUCUUUGUUAGAAGAAAAGAAGGAUUUCGCUUGGAGGCUCUUGAAAAGACCUGCUGGGCUUUCACAGAAAUCUUAUUCGGCAACUCACAGAACCAACUGUAACCAAAUACCUAGAAGACUGAGGCCGCAGACUGCUGCAGUAUCAUGUUAUUCACUGAGAGAGAGAAAAUCCCCCAGUGAUCUGGAACAGAAAGAACCAAGUGAAAGAGAUGAUCAGACGAGGACAGUCAUCAAGAAACAAAAGGUAGCUUCAUCAGCUCCUCUGUUCCUGAAGACCUGGGCUCUGGAACAAGAGGGCAUUUUUGGCUUGGCUGAAACAAUGGACACAUUUUGUGGCCUGAAGUUCAGCUUGAUCAGUGAAGGAGCAGACUGCAUUUUCAUUCCCAAAAAAAUUUUUCUUGAGAAAGCACCUGACAAAUCCAAGAGAGCAGCUCUCGAGCUGGUGAGCACCUAUCCCACUGAGAAGAUGAUUAGAGAGAGUUACACCAGGCAGCAGGCUUGGAGCACUUACAAGGCUGGAGUUGUGGGAGAGCAGAUCAAGAGAUGCACUAGACCAACUUCAGAUCAUUUUUCUUUUUAA